CCCGCGCGCUGGCCCGCAGGCCCGGCGAGGCCGGAGAGGAGCCUCCGGGGCCGAGGAGGAGCCAGAGGACUCCAUCGAGCGCCGGCUCCACGGAGGCAGAGUGUGACUUCUGGGACUGUCUGAGAACCCCAUGUGUCACUCCAGGGCCGUGAUAACAUGAAAAGCACCCACCCCCAAGGUUCUUCACACACCGUUGCAGGGAGAGUCCUUGAGUGUCUGGCGGCUGACAACAUGCACCAGCAGUGGCUCCUGCUGGCCGCGUGCUUCUGGGUGAUUUUCAUGUUCAUGGUGGCCAGCAAGUUCAUCACGCUGACCUUCAAAGACCCGGACGGGUACAGCGCCAAACAGGAGUUUCUGUUCCUGACAACUGUGCCAGAAGCCGGGAAGACGCGAGAAGAAAAGCACUUUGCCGAGGAUCCGAAGCCCACUGGGAGGAUGCCUCCGGCUGCCCCUCUGAUCUAUAUGGAGCGCCUGGAGCUCAUCAGGAACGUCUGCAGGGACGAGGCCCUGAGGAACCUCUCGCACACUGCGGUCUCCAAGUUUGUCCUGGACCGCAUAUUUGUCUGCGACAAGCACAAGAUUCUUUUCUGCCAGACCCCCAAGGUGGGCAACACCCAGUGGAAGAAAGUGCUGAUCGUGCUCAAUGGAGCGUUUCCUUCCAUCGAAGAGAUUCCCGAAAACGUUGUUCAUGACCGGAAGAACGGCCUCCCUCGUCUCUCCUCCUUCAGCAAAGUGGGAAUUGAGAAGCGAUUGAAAACGUACUUCAAGUUUUUUAUUGUAAGAGAUCCCUUCCAGAGACUCAUUUCUGCAUUUAAGGACAAGUUUGUUCAUAAUCCCCGUUUUGAGCCUUGGUACAGGCACGAGAUUGCCCCUGGCAUCAUCAGGAAAUACAGAAAGAACCGGGGGAUCCAGUUUGAAGAUUUCGUGCGCUAUCUGGGUGAUCCAAACCACAGAUGGCUGGACCUUCAGUUUGGGGACCAUAUCAUUCACUGGGUGACGUAUGUCGAACUCUGUGCACCUUGUGAGAUAAAGUACAGUGUGAUUGGACACCACGAGACCCUGGAGGAGGAUGCCCUGUACAUCCUGAGAGAGGCCGGCAUAGACCACCUGGUGUCCUACCCCACCAUCCCACCGGGCAUCACCGUGUAUAACAGAACCAAGGUGGAGCGCUACUUUCUGGGCAUCAGCAAACGAGACAUCCGGCGCCUGUAUGCACGUUUUGAAGGGGACUUUAAGCUCUUUGGGUACCAGAAACCAGAUUUUUUGCUAAACUAAUGUUUAGGACCCAUGAAUCCAGAUAUCUCUGUUAGACUGGGGGCUAGCCAGGUAGAGGUCUGAGCACAGAAAUGACACUUUCUCCAUGACACCUCUCCUUAAGACUCCUGAGGCCUCCCCUGAUCCCGAGGGCCUCUCCCCCACCUGUUAUCAGGAAGCCGCUGGCCUCACCUUGG